AAAAAACUCAAAUGGGAGGAAAAUCGAGUCUUUGAAUUUUAAAGCUCCUACUAAAGAAGACCUAAUCCGCCCUUCACAUGGUUACCACUUCGCACUAGGGGGCAUAUUCCCCAUUUGGUGUAUCAUUUAAUGAAAUAAAUGAUCACUUAAUCUGGAGGCAAUACCUAAAAAAGACCUAAACCAAUCUUGGGACUCUCCAAUUUAUAGAUCUUACUAUUCUCACCUCGAUGGAAUAAAACUUAUACAAACGUUUUAAUAGUGUCAACUUUAUAUCUCAAAAUCUUUCAAUUUUUAUAGAGUUAACAAUACGACGACUCAAGUUACUAUUGUGGAUAGAUUUUUUUUUUUGCAUUAAAGGAGGCCGUGGCCAAGAAGGGGGGUUACAGGAGGAGAUUACAAAGUAUGAGGGGCAUGAGCCACUAUCCUGCGCUCAACAGAAAAACCCCUCGCAUCCUCUUGGAGGAUCGAAACAAGUUCGGCAGGCGGGUGUGCCACUAUCCUGCGCUCAACAGAAAAACCCCUCGCAUACUAUUGUGGAUAGAUGUAGUAUUUUGAUUUCACUUUGUCCACAAACAUGAUCAUUAAUUGGGUGUUUAUAAGAGAUGUUGUUAUAUAUAGUUUGGACUCAAGAGAUAGGCAUGAUUUGUACAUACUACAUUCUUGAUAUUAUUUAUGCCUCGAACAUAUGUGCCGAUGAAAACAGAUUAAUAUUCUAAAAAGUUACGAACAUAAUCUGAAUUCUUGAUCCAAAUUCCAACUAAUGGAUACUCCGACAAUAUUGUGUCUAUAACCAAAACCCAACGCUACGUAUAAUGCAUUAGCCAUUUUGCUCUUCUAUUAUGCACCUUUUCCAUUUGCACAAAAUCCUAACAUUUGGAGGAUUGUCUUGUUUUUAUUUUAUUUUAUUUCUUCAUAUGAGUAACGUAAGUGAGGCGAGGGAAGUAGUCAUACAAAAAAGAAUUAAAGUGAAAGUGGCGAUUUGAACUUUUGUGGCGUGAACAUGAAAAAAAUCCCACCUUUAUUUAUAUUAUUAUGGCCCCCGCCUUUAACUGCCUAGCAAUGGUUUGACUGGCAAUGGCCUCGUUUGUCCAAAUUACGUUAUUUGAAACCCUAAAAUACAAAAUCAUAAAGGGGAGGUGGAUAAUCAUCAUCGUCAAUCAUCAUUUACGUUAUUAAUUAGCUAGCUUAUUUUAAUUUUCAGCCGAGUAAAAAGCAAUAAAGCAGUAAAUAAAAAUAACUAGUGAUUAUUUGGUCAAAAUAUCUUUGAAAUAAUGUUAUUCCGCAUGAAGAAUAAAUACCGGAGAAACACCUAAACAUUUUGUAUUUAACAUUCUGAUCCAUUUCCAGAUUUUCCAUGGAUAAACACAAGAGUGAAGAGACCUCUCUCUCUCUCUCCCUCAUUCUUCUUCUUCUUCCUCCUCCAUUACUAGUUACUCGCCUCUCUCUCUCUCUCUCCCCCUCUACUUAUAUUUCUUUAACUUCCGAAAGUGAAAAACAAAGCUCUCAGUGCACCUUCUACUUCUGGAUACUUACUGGUGUGGCGCCAUCGCCAAUUUCCUUUUCCCACCUCUCUCUACUUCAGUUUCUGUCAUUAACCGACCCUCCCCCCCCUUUUUUUUCUAGUAAUGGAGGAAAAGGAAAGUACGGUCUCUGGGUCACUCGGCAACUCGGACACCGACUCGCCUCCGCCCGUCACCAGCCUCCACCCCCAGCCGCCACACCACCACAGCCAGCCCGCCGUGCCCUCAAAUGAUGCCUUCGGCGGGGCGGUGGUCGAGAGAAGCACGGUUCCCCUCGCCGGCGAUUAUUUGGUGAAGAAGAAGAGGGGGAGGCCGCGGAAGUACGACGCCGACGGAAACCUCCGAGUCAAGCCGUUUCAUCAUCAGCAUAACACCAACGGUAACAAUAACAACUCGGUGCUGAGUUCUGCUACCUCCCCGCCGCAGCAGCAGCCGACGACGAUGUUCUCUUUCUCGCCGUUGUCUCCGCCGUCUACGGAUCAGCAUCACUACCAGCAGCAGCGGUCGUACCCGCCGGCGAAGAGAGGCCGCGGUCGUCACGCUACCUCCGGUAACUGGCAGCUUCUCGCUUCGUUAGGGGAGCUGUUUGCAAAUACGGCAGGAGGGGACUUCACUCCUCACGUGGUGACUGUAAAUACCGGGGAGGACGUUGGCGGUAAAAUUCUGUCGCUGUCUCAAAAGGGUUCCAGGGGCAUUUGUGUUCUCUCAGCCAACGGCACCGUCUCAAAUGUCACCAUUCGUCAACCUGGCUCCUCCUGCGGCAUUUUGACAUACGAGGGGAGGUUUGAAAUACUGUCACUGACGGGAUCAUUCACAGUGUCCGAAAAUGGAGGGAAGACCAGAACAGGCGGCCUGAGUGUCUCCCUAGCUAGCUCCGACGGCCGUGUCAUCGGCGGCGGCGUUGCCGGACUUCUCUUGGCCGCCACUCCUAUCCAAAUGGUUGUAGGUACCUUUAUGCCGAAUGGCUACAAGGUCCAGAAGAGAAAGUACACUCACCGCGACCAGCAGCAUUACUCGUUGCCUCAGCCGGCAACUUCCCAGACCGCCGCGGCCGCCCCCCAGCCGACGGCCAUCCCGCAGCAAGCUGCAAAAUGCGAGGCGGCGGCGGCUGCACCACCAACUUCCUUGCCAGGACAGAGCCACCACGUGACGGCGGCGGCAGCGGCAGCGGAUAAUUACAAUAUUAAUGACGGGAGGCAAUUCUCGUUCCACGGUAACAAUAGUAGCAAUCAUAACAGCCACCAUAGCUCCUACAAUCACGAGCGUCCCGAUUCUGGUUGGAACAAUGGAACGACGAUGGCCAUGAACUCAGGGAUCCACAGACCGUCCCCUGACAUCAACGUUUCAGCUGCUAGCGACGAGGAUGUUCCACCAGGUGUGUUCUGAUUCAGUUAGAUUCCGAGGGUAAAACGCUACUGGGAAAGUUGGGAGGAGGGAAGACUGUGGUUGAUUGUUUAGCUAACUUUGUUCUUGUCUUGGAUUAGUAAUAUGCUUAUUUUUACCGAGAGUUCAUUAGGAAACCUUUAACCUCAUCACAACUUGUUAUUUCCUCUUGUAGUCAAAUGUUGUGGUUGUGGAGUAGUAGCUUUUUGCUUUGCUGCUUUACAUGUUCUGUUCUGUCCUGUUCUUGACAGGGAACCAAUACUUCCAUAUGCAGUGUUUUAUUUGC